AUCACUCACUAACUUAUGUUUCCCCUAGAGACUCUAAAUCUGUAAUUCACUAAAUCUCCAGGACAGUGAUGGUGACUUAAGAACCUCUCUGCAAACAGAAAAUAUGCCUCAGAAAAAACAGUGAAUUUCCCAACAGAAGACAAAUGAAACAUUUUAUUUUUAUAAGGCAUCCUAAAACAAGCAUUAAGACAGGUGGCAAGUUUUUGAGAAAUAGCAUUUCAUACCAUUAAGCACUUACUCCUUGCUCAGGACAAGACCUAGAGACUCAGUGUUUACGUAUUUGUGACUGUGUAUAUUUGCUCCAUUAUGCAUCUGUGCGCAGGAGAGUUGUAACAUUGGCUGGGUGUGUGUCUAAUGGAUUUGUCUAAUGGAGAAAGGAUGUGAGUCUAAUCUGACACAACAAUCUGCUUAAUUCUCUUUAUGAGUUUGUAAAGAGAGAAGCUAACCUGGGCACAGUGUGUAGAAUAUAAAGCACUACUGUGAGUGUGCAAUAAUCAAUCCAGAAUGACCUGCAGUAAAUCUGUGAUCAGAGCACGCUGGCAGACUCCCAGGACUUAACCUGAGCAGUAUGUGAGCAAAUGUGCGUAUUCCUGGAAAGGGGGAUCUGUGAGAAUUGUAUUGGAUGUAAAACAGUGGAGAAAAUGAUUACAGAUGAAAAUACACAUUAAAACUGCAUUAAGACAUUAGUUACCUCGUGUCAUAACACAGCCACACUUAAGCCAAACGGGGCAACAGAACAGGAACAUACAUGCCUGCCUGCUACCUCCUCACUCCAUCAUCAUCAUCGCUUUCUUUUAGGUCAGUGAGAAGAAAGUCAGGGAACACAUCUGUCUCCUAUGUGCUCAUGUUUUGUAGACUUAUUUUUCCUGUUCAUCUUAGAUUUACAUAGAAACAGCUGAGAAAAAACAGACCCUCUCCUUUACCCUCUUCCCUCUCUCUCUCUCACAUACUCUCUCACACACACACACUUCACUGUUGCACAAAAAGCAUCAGGGAGAUGCGUCAGGGUGAACCAAGCCCGCACUAAUAAAAUGAAGCAAUAAAGGGAGACAGGAUUACUGGAAGGGAUGGAUGAAUGGAUGGACGAAAAUGUGUUGAAAAGUGUGUGUGGGGGGGGGGGGAGAGAGAGCAGGGCAGGUUGGAGGGUGUGGAGGCCAGAAACUUCUCCAUCUGGCAGGUCAAGGUUUGGGUUCUUCUCAUAAACUUUCUACCUCACCUUCUCACCUGGUUCUUAUCAACUGUCCUGACAGAAAACACACCGACUGUAGUGCUGCUCCAUCGCAGUUUUACUACACCGCCAGGCUGGCUAUAGAGUUUCAUUCAUCACUAAUGUGCUCAUAAAGCUUAGCUUAAUUAAAACAAACUCUCCGAGCUGAUAAACACCAGAUUUGGAGUUCGCCUGGAAGUAGGUGCCACAUUCAUUUCUCUUCCUCUCUGCCCCGCACUCGCGCAGAGAAUUGGUUUUUGAUAAGAAAUAAUGUUCAGAAAUGUGCUGAGCUAAAUAUACAAGAAAUAAAAAAUAACAGUCUGGUGUGGCCUGUCGCCUCUAUAAACUCGUUUUUCAUUGCAGGAUAUUAUUUUCAGUGUGUUACCUCGGAGGGUUUUUUUGGGGGGGUUCGCCUGGCGUUGAGUGAAACGGUGAGCGGGCCAAAACUGCCUAAACUUGCGCAGCUCAAGAGAUUUCUGUUGUAAGCCGACAUAAUAAUUACUGACAUAAUUACAAAGAGAUUAUUCUCAACGGAAGGAAAUGCACCCCUUUUUUAACGGCAUGGUUGAAGAAAGAGCCAGUAAAAAGUAUAAAGUGGUUUCAUUUAUGAACCACUAAUCUUUGCAUUUGCGUGCGUACGCUUCAAGUCUCUGCGUGCAGCCCGCGAUAUUGCGUAUAUUUCUAGAUUCAUUUGAGAAGGUGGCUAUAAAUCUCACUUUAAUAUAAUUUAUUGUUUCAUGGUGAAGCCCCCAAUUCGUCACAGAAAAUGUGUCUGUGCCAUAAAAGGAGCGGUGACGCGCCAGCCCCGUAGCGCGCUCAGAUGUGGUCUGUGCCUUGUAAUGUGUGUAAGUGUGUGUGUGUGUGUGUGUGUGUGUGAGUGUGUGUGAGUGUGUGUAGGGGGUAAAGUUUUGUGCAGAUGGCGGGGGCGCGGCUGUGUAGUCUUGUAGUCUCAGACUCUGGACAGACCUGGGGGUUUCAGGGUGUCAGGGGGCAGUUUUUUGUGGGGGGGAGCGCAGUGAUCCAGUGACAAGCAGUUGGACGACUUAACCCGAGAGAAACCUACCUCACCUGCAGGGAGGAAACUCUCUCUCUCUCUCUCUCUCUCUCUCUCUCUCUCUCUCUCUCUCUCUGCCUCAGUUCCCUCUCAUUUUUGGGAAUAGUGCGCAGCUGGCUGUUCUUUGGGGAUGAUGGAGCGUGUGUGGGACUGUGUUUCCUCCGCUGGGAUGUUUAUUCUCGGGGUGCUGUCGGUGCUUUGUCCGGCACUAAAUGGAGUUUGGAGUUUUAACCUUUACGCAGAGCAUCCUACGGUUUACAGGGGACCCGAUGGAAGUUAUUUCGGUUAUUCAGUGGACUUCUACCAAGCUACCCCCGACAGCAACACAUUCAGUGUGUUGGUGGGGGCUCCCAAGGCGAACACCUCCCAGCCUGGAGUUGUGGAGGCAGGGGCCGUCUACUACUGCCCCUGGCCUGGACUCCCUGACAGCUGCAGACAGAUACCUUUUGACAAUUCAAAUAACAGGAUGAUAAAGGUCAAUGGCACCAGAGAGCCUCUGGAGUUUAAGUCGCACCAGUGGUUCGGAGCAUCGGUCAGGACACACAAAGGAAAAGUAGUGGCAUGUGCUCCUCUCUACCACUGGCGGACAGUGAAGCUGAGUGGGGAGAAGGACCCCGUUGGGACCUGCUAUGUGGCCGUCCAGAACUUCAGCGCCUACGCAGAGUACUCGCCCUGCAGGACCAAUGAUCCAGACCCAGAGGGACAGGGGUUCUGCCAGGCUGGCUUCAGUGUUGAUUUCACCAAGGAAGGAAUGCUGGUCGUAGGAGGACCUGGAAGCUUUUACUGGCAAGGUCAGGUAAUGACAGCAGGGAUAGCUGAGAUACUAAACGGCUACUCUUUGAAGGCAGUGCUAAGACGGGUUCCAGGAGAGAAACACACCAGAGCAGCUGAGGACACACACGACGACAGCUACCUUGGUUACUCUGUGGCAGUGGGAGAGUUUACAGGAGACUCCGAACAAGAGCUGAUAGCCGGAGUCCCAAGAGGAGCACAAAACUUUGGAUAUGUGGCAAUGAUCAACUCCACCAAUCUGACCUUCAUCCAGAACUUUACAGGGGAACAGAUGGCCUCCUAUUUUGGCUACUCGGUGGCUGUCACUGACCUGAAUGGAGAUGGGACUGACGAUGUGCUGGUUGGAGCGCCCCUCUACAUGGAGAGAGAGAUGGAGAGCAAACCCAGAGAGGUGGGGAGGGUGUACCUGUACCUGCAGAUGGCCCCGCUCACUUUCUCCAAACCUGUUGCCCUCACCGGCACGCACACCUUUGGGCGCUUCGGCACAGCUAUAGCACCCCUGGGAGACAUCAACCAGGAUGGAUACAAUGACGUGGCGGUGGGCUGUCCGUUCGGAGGCGAAGACCGUGGAGGCAGGGUAUUGAUCUUUAACGGUAACAGAGACGUAUCCACGCAAAGCCUGACGCUGAGCCAAGAGCUGAGAGCAGCCCGAACACCCAGUGGCAGCUUGCCUGGAUAUGGAUUCACUCUGCGAGGAGGCCAAGACCUGGACAACAAUCAGUAUCCCGAUCUGAUUGUGGGGGCGUUCGGCGCUGGCGAGGUGUCAGUAUACAGGUCUCGAGCUGUAGUGUCUGUGGAAGCUGCAAUGAUCUUGACUCCCAGAAUCCUGAACCCUGAUGACCGACAGUGUCACCUGCCUGACACAGAUAUUAUGGUUACCUGUCUGAAGGUAGAAGUGUGUGCAGCAGUCAGCGGAGUGGGGAUCCCCAGCUCUGUAGACCUGAAAGCAGAGCUACAGUUGGAUUGGUUGAAAGGCACCAGAGGUGGAGUUAAGAGAGUUUCUUUCCUGGAUACCCAGCUGUCUCAGCGCACAGGGCUCCUAUCAUUGGGUCGCAAUCGCCCACGUUCAUGCCUAAGCUAUACCAUUUACCUGAAAGAGGAGGAUGAGUUCAGGGACAAAUUGACCCCUAUCUCACUGGCUCUGAACUACAGCUUGGCUCCACCCUCUCAUGGCCAAAACCUCCCACCUGUCCUCAACCAUUACAGCAGCACUUUCCUUCAAGAGCAUGCCUACAUUCUCCUGGACUGCGGUGACGACAAUAUUUGUAUACCCGACCUCCAGCUCUCUGCCAGCAUGGAUCGCUCAGAGCUGGUGAUUGGAGAUGACAAUCUGGUCAUGUUGACCAUCACUGCAGUGAACCGAGGAGAGGGAGCUUAUGAGGCAGAGCUUUACACACUGAUACCACCAGAGGCUGACUAUAUUGGAGUGAAGCGCAGGGUGGAGUCCCUGUCGCAGCCAAACUGCGAGUACAAGAUGGUCAAUGAGUCCAGAAUGGUGGUGUGUGACCUCGGGAACCCAAUGGUGGCUGGGACAGAGCUGUCUAUUGGAUUGAGGUUUUCUGUCCAAAGGCUGGAUGAUGCUGGACCAAAGAUCAGCUUUGAGCUACAGAUCCACAGCUCCAACAAAGACAACUCUGAAAGCAACCCAGUCAGUUUGAAUCUGUCCAUCGCUGCCAAAGCUCAACUUGAUCUACGCGGGGUUUCUCAUCCCUCUCAGGUGGUGCUGCCAUUCCCACGCUGGGAACCCAAAGAGAAGCCUGUCAAAGAGGACGAUGUGGGACCACAAGUAACCCACAUCUACGAGCUCCAUAACACUGGUCCCAGCAGUAUUCUGGAGGCUGAGCUCCAGGUCGGCUGGCCCUCCCGUUUCCGUGACGAGAACCUGCUGUAUGCCAUGGAGAUUCAAACUGACGGACCAAUUAGCUGCAGGACAAACACCAGCCUCAAUCCACUUGGUCUUCAGAUUUCCUCUCUCCAGGACACACCUGAGUUAUUGGGUUUCUUGAGGAACACCAGUGCUCCUCAUCAGCGCCACAAACGCUCCGUCAGUGCCGCUCAGAGUUAUAGCGGUAAAACCUUGAACUGCACCAAUAUUUCCUGUCUAAGGAUCAUGUGUGUGGUUGGCCGCUUGGAUCGUGGACAGAGCGCAGUAGUCAAGAUCCGCUCGAGACUCUGGGCACAUACUUUCCUGCAGCGGCGUAACGACCCCUACAUUCUCAAUUCUACUGUGUCCUUUAUGGUCAUGACCAUGCCUUACCGCAUCCAACCCUCCAACCUGCCUCAACACACCACCUCGAUGGGGACCCUGGUGUUGUGGGGGACUCCUGAUGUGUCGUUUGCUGUUCCACUCUGGGUCAUCAUCCUGGCCAUAUUGCUGGGGCUGCUGGUGCUGGCCAUGCUAACAUUAGCCAUGUGGAAGUGUGGUUUCUUUGACCGGGCACGCCCACCAGCUGACGACGACGUCUCUGACCAGGAGCAGCUGACUUCUGAUCAAACAGGGGACGCCUAAGACGAUACGCAACAGCUCCUGAUUGGAGGACUGUGGUUUGGGAGGGAUGUGCACCUUCUGAGUAACUUAAAUCGGAUCUGAGAUCUGCAUUAGUUGAACAAUACAUUCCUUUGCUGGAGGUCUUCUGCCUCUUUGGUAAUGAAACUGACUGAAAGCACAGACUGAAGACUGCAGCGCCACACAGACUGGGACCAAAGAACGAGGUUCAAACCAGACAGAGUGGGACCAAAACACACUUAACAGGCUCAAUCACACACACAUGUUCAUUGUUUAUCCAUUGUGAUGAAGAACUGAAGACAGAAUGGACUUUGUUGUGAAGACAAUGCUUUAAAUGUUUCUGUAACUGAACAUUUUUGUGUGUCCGUGAGAGUGAGACACAGAGACUUGAGAUCUAUGCACAAGUGCUUUUGUGAGUGUGAGGGUGUGUGUGUGUGUGUGUGUGUGUGUGUGUGUGUGUGUGUGUGUGCGCGUGUGUGUGUAUGGGGGUACAUAUGUGUGUGUUUAUUAGGUACCCCUCUUUUCAUCCUUUUUUUUCAGUUUGGAAACUCCCCACCUGAUUUAAUUUAUCCUCGUUUUCUUCAAACUGAGCUGUACACAGAUUUAUCACACACCCACCCACCCACCCACAUACACACACACACACACACACACACACACACACACACACACACACACACAGAUGCAGCCACAUGCAUAAACACAAAGGCACAAAGUUGAUGUGUAUAUUUAUGAAUGUAUGUGCAAUAUUUGAGCGUUGCGUGAUACUGAAGCUUGUUUACACUGGCAUUAUUUUAUUAGAGCUUAAUGUUUCCAUUGUUUAUGUAUAUAAAUGAUUUAAUAAAUGGUAUAUUAGUUAUUGAUAUUGCUGAACAACAAAAGUAAUAGUUUGGACUGAUUUACAGUAAAGCCCCACCACAUGAGUUUUUCACAAAUAACAAAUAACUAACUUAUUAUUGUCUUGAUAGAAUGAUUUUAGGAUUUUAUCUUUGAGGAAACCAUAUCUCCACAGCCGAAGCCCUGCCCUGCUAGUUCAAGGUUUGCGGGUAUUGCUGUUAUUUUGGAUUUUCUUGGCAGUUGAUAAGACUUCAAAAACUAGCUGCAAAGAUAAACAGUCUCUAUCAAAAACAUGUUGUAGACAGUCUGAGACUGUACAUUACUGCACGUAACUGUAUGGCAUUUAACAGUGUGUUUGAUGUUGUCAUUUGUUUAUCUUAUAUUAGCGUUUCAUGCACAGGCAGCACAAAAAAAAAAAAAAAAACGGUCAGGAUCAUCAACAGCAACCUGAGUUUAAAACUAACUUUUAAUGUGUCAUAUUUGGUUUUUGUAUCAAGUGUGAAGUUUUAUCACAAUAAAGUGUUGUUCCUUU